AUUGGUAAGCGUUUUAAGAGAAGUAGAUUCGGAAGAGAGGCCAGCAAUGGGGUUCAUUUAUGAAUUGAUGGACUCAGCGAAGGAGAAAAUUGCAUUUAAUUGCAAUGAUGUAAAAAAGAGAUAUGUUCCAAUUUGGAACAAAAUAGAUGAUAGAUGGACUCCUCAGCUUCAUCGUCCUCUACAUGCAGCUGGGUACUAUCUGAAUCCUCAAAUACGGUACUCAGAUAAGUUCUCUACACACCCUGAGAUAAAAAGGGAGUUGUUUGAGUGCAUGGAUAGGAUGAUCCCCCGUGAAGAGCAUGCUGAUGCUGAUAUUCAGUUGGAUGAAUAUGACAAGAGAAGAGGGGAUUUUGGCUCUCGCCUUGCACUCGAAACCAUGACAAAGCGUUCCCCAGCUGAUUGGUGGGAACGCUUUGGAGAUAGAACUCCACAACUUACGAAGUUUGCAGUACGAGUUUUAAGCCUCACAUGCAGUGCUUCUGGCUGUGAGAGAAAUUGGAGUACUUUUGAGCAGAUCCACACAAAGAAGAGAAAUCGGCUAGAGCAACAAAAACUUAACUCUCUAAUGUAUGUGAUGUAUAAUAUGAAAUUGAGAGAAAGAAGCAUGAAGAGAAGGGCGGCAAUGGAUCCAAUAUUGGUGGACCACAUUGAAUCAGAUGAUGAAUGGAUUGCUGAGAAAGAAGGCCCUGUUCUCCCAACUGAUCCAUCGUGGCUCGAAGAUCAAAAUAUGGCCUUUGAUAUUAGUGCCAUUACAACUAUUCCGGAGUCUGAUGAUCCAGUUGACAGCAAUGCACCAUCAACAUCUAAUAUUUCUGAAGGAGAUUGCCCCCCACCUUCCUCAAGGAAAAGGAAGGCAACUACUUUAAGUGGUCCCAUGGGAAGAUUUCUUACUCCUAUAAGAGAGGAAGGAGAUAUAAGAACGAGUGUUCAUGGUGUGGAUGAUGUACAUGCAGAUGUAGAUGCUGAUGCUGAUGAUGAAAGGCCUAGACCUGGUGACGAAGUGAAUGAGGAUGACGACAACGACGAUGACCUAUUAGAUAUAGAUGACCUUUAGAGUUUAGACACUAGAGUGUAGAGACUAAUUAUUGAGAAUUUGAGAUGUUGAUUUUGAGGAAUAUGACAUUUGUAUUGUACUUAAUGCUCUUAACUUUGGGAUUUUUAUUUUGAAGAAUGUGACAUUUAUAUAUUUUGCUUU